AUGGAUGACUCCAUAUUUAGAACUCGUGUUGCAGUGAGGUAUGUGAGGUCUUCUCCAACAAGGUUAAUGAGAUUUAAGGAGUGCAUGGAAAAAGAAAAAAUUGAAAGUAAGAAUCAUUUGGUGCUUGAUAUAGAAACAAGGUGGAACCCUACUUACUUGAUGUUGGAUGCCGCAAUUAAAUUCCAAAAAGCAUUUGACUUAUUGGAAAUAGACUAUAGUAAGUACAAAGAUGAGCUUUCUAGUGGGCACAAGUCAAGGGGUUUGCCUACUUAUAGUGAUUGGGAAUAUGCCCGGUACUUGUUACCCUUUCUGAAAAUUUUCUAUGAUGCUACCGUAUGUGUGUUCGACUCUUUUUACGUUACUGGUAAUGAGUACAUGCGAGAGAUAUAUGACAUUGGGAUGAAGAUUUCAGAAUGGUCUCAUAGUCAUGAUCUUAACUUAAGUUCUACAGCGGUAAGAAUGAAGGGAAAAUUUGACAAAUAUUGGUCAAAUGUUGAUAAUAUCAAUAUAAUGUUAUUCAUUGCGGUUGUUCUGGAUCCUAGGGACAAGUUAGAAUAUGUUGAUUGGGUGAUUGGUGAGUCCUAUGAUGCUUUUGCUACUGAUAAGUUAAAGAAAAAAGUGAUGGAAACUUUGCUGUCUUUAUUUAACCAUUACGAUUUGUGUAAGGUGGCUAGGGGUCUUACUACGCAGUCAAGUCAACAAUCUCCAAGUGCAAGUGCACUUGAUGAUUGUGAUGUUGAUAUUGAUCCUCAAGAAUACAUGAGGGUUAAGUUUAAAAAGCGAAAGGCUAGAAACCAAGCUAAUCAGCCUAAAUCAAAGUUGGAUGAGUAUUUAGUGGACGACCUUGAAGAUGACAACGACAAGACAUUUGAUCUCUUGAAAUGGUGGAAGAUGAAUUCAACAAAAUAUCAAGUUCUCUCUUUGAUGGCACGAGAUGUAUUGACUAUGCAUAAUUCAAUUGUUGCAUCUGAGUUGGCUUUUAGUACGGGGGGUCAUGUAUUGGAUCCAUUUCGUAGCUCCCUUACUACGAAAAUGGUGGAGGCUCUUAUCUGCACACAAGAUUGGAUUCAGACUACGUGUGCACCGUUAGCCAUUGAGGAGACCUUGGAUGAGUUAACGAAAAUUAAGUCGGAAUUUCCAUCUUUAAGAAUAGAAAGUACUCAUCCUCAACUAAAUGAUUGA